AUGUCGCUGCAAUCAUCCGCGUCGGCUUCGUCUGUCGGCGGCGUGCCUGCUGGAUCUGCGAGCGGCGUGCGGACGCGGUCUGCCCUUCGCCGGACCCAGUCCGUGUCGCUGCAGCGCGCCGAGAGCACGCUCGAGCUGCUUCUCCCCAAGAGCGACGCUGCUGCUAGUGCCGAUGCAGGCGCCACCACUCCUGCACCCGCUGCGGCUGGCCAGGACGAGCUCGUCUGGCUGCUCGCGUCCACAGACAACGGCCUGCGCCGCUCGCUCGAGGCCGGCCGCGUCGUCUCCCGCGCAGAGUCCGGCGCCCAGCUCACGGUUGCCAUCACAACGGGCUCGGCUGCUGGCUCGGAGGUCUCAGUCACAGACUCGGACGUCGACAAGGUCAAUGCUCGCAAGUGGGACAAGGCCGACGAUCUCGCAGACCACCCCUUCACCAAUGCCUUCAGUGCCGCCAACACGGUGUCAAAGCGAUUCGAGGACGACAUUAUUCACACGAAUGCUGGCGCAGCGCUCGUCAUUGCGCGACCAAACAAGCCCCAGCCCGCUAUUUAUGCGCCAAAUGUCGCCGGCGUCUUCCGAUCGCACAUGCGAGCAGAGUUGCCCCCGCACGUGUACGGCCAGGCGUCCGCCGUCUACGCCGAAAUGCUUCUCACCCACCGACCGCAGUCCAUUGUCAUUACUGGCGAGCGUGGCUCGGGCAAGACGCACACGCUUCGUGCCCUGCUCUCCUUCUUUGCUCGUUUCGGCCGAGGCGGUCGCUCGACCUUCGCCACGCCAACCGCGUUCGAGAGCGCCCUUCUGAGCGCGCACUCUGUGAUUGAAUCGUUCGGCGGUGAUGUUCGAGGCAAUGACAUUUCUUCCCGCGCCUCGACACUCGUUUCGCUCACCUUUGACAAGACGGCGGGCGUUUCGGGUGCCACGUUCCAGUGCUUUGGACUCGACCGUCUCCGCUCCUUCCCUCGCGAUGACGCCACCACCGCCCCCAAGGCCCACGCCUUCCAUGUCUUCCACCAGCUGGCCACCAUGGACGAUGCGACGCUCAAGACGGAGCUGCUCCUCACACCCGACACCAUCAAGCACACCCGCUACCUGCCGCCCUCUACCGCUGCUGCCAAGCCUAUUGCCACGUCCAGCAUUGCCAGCCUGUCGACGGCGCUCGAGCUGCUUGGGUUCCAAGCCGACGAGGUCAAGUCCAUCUGGCACCUGCUCUCGGCCAUCCUCAACCUCGGCUGCUUCACCGUGUCCCCAGCCAUGACGAUUGCCGAUCCGAGCGGCGCGCUGCAGCGCGCAGCGGGCUUGCUGGGCGUCAACGCGAACGAUCUGUCAAAGUCCCUGACGCGUGACGCCGAAGGUGUGCCCGUCAAGUCCGCCGAGAUUGUGUACAACACCAUCGACACGCUGGCUCGCGCCCUGCAUUCGCGCCUCUUUGCCGUCAUUGUUCAGCGCAUCAACAAGCGCCUCCAGAGCAAGCUCGCGGCGACCUUCACGCUCUUCCUCCUCGACACGCCCGGCUUUGACCAAAACGCCAUGGCCGUUCCGGCCGACACCGAGCCCGGCAUCAGCACGCUUUCGCGUCUUCUCGCCAACCUCACUUCCGAGCGCGUGCAGCAUUUCAUCCAAGACCAGACCUUUGCAAAGCCGCGACGCACCUUUACGCUUGAGGGACUGACCUACGAUGGCGAAGACUUUGACGGUGCUGAGGGCUACAUUGCCGCCCAUUCGGCGCUCUUCUCGGCCAACGGCUUGGUCCGCAUUCUCGAUGAGGAGACGAUGCAUCCCUCUGGCAACGACGCCAGCUUCCUCGAGGCGCUGCGCGCCAAAGUUGCCCAAGGCAAGGCACCUGCCACUUCGGGCGACGCUGCCGAGGCCGCGUGCAAGUUUGUCACUGUUCCCGACCAUCACGGUCGGCUCGUGCCCAAGACGAGCUCUUUCACCGUCAUGCACUAUGCACGAGCUGUCGACUACCCCGUCCAGGGCCUGAUUGAGGAAAACCGCAAGACGCUGCCCAAGGCGUGCUCCCAGCUCUUGAACGAGUCCAAGCGACCUUUCGUCACGAUUGUCAACCAGCAGGCCGAAGCCUCGGCCGUGAAUGCAUCGUCCUCGGUCUUGUCGCCAGCCGUGGCUCUGGCGGCCAAGAAAGCCGGCACUGCGCCGUCUGGCCGCAGCGCCACGAGCCGCACGGCCGUCGCCCAAGCUAUCGAGGAGUUGGAGGCAUGCUUGCAGUUGCUGAGCCUGGCAGACUUGCACACCGUCGUGUGCCUGGCCCCCGGCGCGUCGGCCGCGCAGAACGCCACCGCCUUUGCCUUCCAGCUGCGUCCGUCGCUUGUCACUGACAUUCUCCGAUUGCAACGCCGCUUGCCCACGUUGCAGGUGCCCCUGUCAGAGUUUGUGCAUCGCUACCGUGCGCUGGCAUCGCAAGUCACAUUGCCUCCAGACCACGAUGGUGCGGCACGCGCUCUGGUCAAGGCACUUGACGGCAGCUUCUCGAGCGGAUCGGUGCAGGCUGGCAAGUCAAACGUCCUGCUGCGGGUUGGCGCCUUUGAAGUCCUCGAGCGCAUGCGCCAGCAGCGCCUUGUCGAUGCAACGGUCAAGCUGCAGGCGGCGUGCCGCGGGUAUCUCGGUCGCACACUCGCCACCGAGCUUGCCGGCCAGCGUCUUUCGGCCAUUGUCAUCCAAAAGAACGUGCGCAUCCACAUGAUGCUGCGCACUUGGCCCUGGUGGAAGCUCUUCCAGCAAGUCACCAGCUCAAUGAAAGCGCCUCGAGGCGACGAUGACGACGACUCGGCGGCGGUCAGCCAGAUGAAGGAGCAGCUCAAGCGGCUCGAAGCCGAGCGCCAGGACUUCCGCUCCAAGGAAAAGGCCCUCGAAGGGCGCGUCGAGGAACUCAUGGUUGCCCUGACACAAGAGCGCGACGCUGUGGCGGACAUGACCAGCUUUUACGAGAAGGCGCUCCUCCACAGUCGUCAGGUCGAGCAACAAAAGUUGGACACGCAAGCCCAAAUUCAAACGCUCGAGCUUGCCAACGAAAAGCUCACCCGUCAAAAGAAGAAGCUCGAGCAAGACCUGGAGGAAGCUCGCAGCGAAUUGGAAGAGUCUCCCGGAAAGGGCGAUUCGAGCGACCAGACUCUGAAGCUGACCAAACUUACGCAAGAGUUGAAUGCGUUGAAGCAACGAAACGAAGAAGACGUCAACGAGAUGGAGCGCCUGCGCAUGGCCAAAAAGACGGCAGAAAUGGAAUUGGAGGAGUUGCGAAACGACGUCGACACGCUGCAGCAGACCAACUCUGACCAGAAGCGCAAGAUCAACAAGCUGCAAUCGGACAUGGAGGACUUGAAAUUUAGCUCGUCUCGCGACGAUUUGCGCACGACCGGCGCUGAUGACGAUGAAAUGCGCAAGCAAAUCGACGAGGAGUUGCAAGAGUACGUCGAGAAGGCCACCACCGAACGCGUGCUCAAGGAGCAGGCCAUCCGGGAGCGCAACAAGCUGCAAGACGAAAUCAGCGAGCUCAACGAGCAGCUCGAUAACAAGGCAGUCGAAAUUGUUCGGCUGCAGCGCGAGAAGACCCGCCUGGAAGAGGAUGCCUCCGCCGCUGGCUCUGCCGAUGACCGUGCCAUGAGCGAUAUUAAGCGCCAGAAGCGCGAUCUCGAGGCCAAGCUUGAGGAGCAAAACGAGGAGCUCGACGAGUUGGAGGAAAAGGUCCAGCUUGCCGAGCAAGCCAAGACGCGCAUCGAGGUUUCCUUCAACCAGCUCAAGGCCAAGAUCAAGCAAGAUCUGGAAGCAAAGGAUCAGGAGAUGGAAGAGCUCCAGUUUUCGACGCAAAAGAAGAUUCGUGCCAUCGAACAGCAAAUGGAAGAGGCGUCCGAGGAGCGUGGCAUUGCCGUGCGCUCCAAGCGCGAUCUGGAAGGCAAAAUUGAUGAGCUGCAAUUGGCUUUGAAGGGUGAGGCAUUCGACUGGUUUCGCUUUCGCGAGCUGUUGCUCUUGCCAAGACAAAGAAGAAGCAAAGAGGCAACAGCAUCGUCGUCCAACGCCAAGUCAUCGGAACCCACCGGCACUGUCAAGGCAUUGCGUGCUGUCAAGGCAUUGCGUGCUCAGAUCGAAGACAUGGAAGAGCAGAUUGCCAACCUUGAGGCUGAAAGCCAGGUCGACAGUUUGAAGAAGGCCAGAGACGACAUUGAAAAUCGAUACAACUCGGCCCACCGCGACCUCGCCGAUCUCAAGACAAAGCAGGACGAGGACGAGGAGGAGUUUGAUCAAAUGCUCGAAAAGUAUCGCAGCAUCUCUCGCCAAGUCAACUCACUGCACGACGAAAUUGGCAACCUCAAGUCUGCCAACGAGGAGCUUGAAGAGAAGACGACUGAGCUUACCAGAAAGCUGGAGCGUGCUCAGCAACGCCUCGAGGAAGCUGACAGCGAGAUUGUCAGCAAGAGCGCGUUGGAUCGCGCCGAGCGUCGCGCACACUCUGCCGAAGAGAAGGCAUCCGUUGAAGCGAUGGCCCGCAAGAAGGCAGAGGCCAAGAUGGAGCGUCUCGAAGAUCAAAUCGAGCGCAUCGAGCAAGAUCUCCAGCGCGAGCGCACCGAGCGCAAUGCAGCGCUCGAGGCCACCAAGAAGGCCACUCGCCGUGCUGCCGAGCUCAAGGAGGAGCUGAGUGCAUGGGAAAUCAAGGAAAGCGAGUUCAACAGCAAGAAGCGCACCUUGGAAUCCGAGCUCGAGAUUGCCAUGCAAGAGCAGGAUCGCUUCAAGCGAGAGGCUCAUCAGAACAAGAUCAAGAUCAAUGCCCUCGAAACGAAACUUCGAAACGGAGACGAUGAUGAUGAUGAUGACGACGACGAUGAUGAUGAUGAUGAUUUGUCGGAUGACUCUGAGGACGAGCGACCGCCUGCGCGAUCCACUGCUCGCAACACCUCGUCCUACCAUUCCACAUCAUCCAGUGUUGGAGGAUCGCGCUCUGCCACCCCACCGCCGCACUCGACCGCCGCCAAAUCGACCAGCAGCAGCUCCCCGGUCGCCGUCCCAGCCAAGUCUGUGGAGGCCGCACCAUCGUACGCGGCGGCGCCCGUGACACCUGCAAAGAAGUCCUCGGCCGUUGACGACGACGACUCGGACAUUGAUAUUGACGACAUUAGCGAUCUGGACUUGAGCGACGACGAUUAA